AGGCUAAAAAAAGAAAUAAAACCUGGUGUCUCGGGGAAAGAUUUGGAUAAAUUAGCCCGGCAAUUAAUGGAAGAACAAAAGGUUCAAUCAUCUAGCCUGGGUUAUAAAGGUUUUCCAGCAGCCAUUUGUGUGGCUCUGAAUGAAGAAUUAACGCACGGUAUACCUGAUGAAAGGACUUUCAAAGAAGGUGAUUUAGUUUCUAUUGAUGUAGCAUGUCAUUACCAAGGCUAUCAUGCUGAUGCUGCUUUAACCACUAUUGUGGGAGAAGGAGAUGAAGUGAAAACAAAUCUACUGAAUGUAACUAAAAAUAGUUUAUAUUAUGUGAUUCAAAAAAUUGUCCCUAAUAAGACUACUACCCAAGAUAUUGGUGCUAUGCUGGAAAAAUACAUAAAAAACCGUGGUUAUUAUCCUAUUAAAGAAUAUGGCGGACAUGGAAUUGGGGAAAAACUUCAUCAAGAGCCUUUUAUCCCUAAUUAUAAAAUUCCUAAUAAAGGAGAAAUUAUUAAAGAGGGAAUGUUUAUCUGUAUUGAGCCACUAGUUCAGGUUGGUGAAGUAAUUGAACGAAUCAAUAAAAAAAAAUUUUGGGUUAAAUGUGAUAAUGGUAAAGUAAUUGAUGCUGAUGUGCCGGAUCGCUUCCGCACUAAGAGCGGACGAAGAAGAGCCCAUAUUAAUGUUGGAGAUAGAGUGAUGAUAGAGGUAGAUGUGAGGGAUCAAGCAAAAGGAGAUAUUGUCUCUUUAAUUGAAUAA